AUGUUGUUGAACUCUCUUGUGUUGGCAAUCCUCGCCAGAUUUGUGGCUGCUGCCUCUUCCUCUUCAAACUCUUGUUCUCUUUCCACCACUCUCUCUGCUGCCUCGGCUGUGCUGAACUUGAACUCGUGCCCAACUUUGGAAGGUAAGAUCGAGAUCACCGGUGACCAAGUGGCUAACUUGGACUUGAGUUCCGUGGAGGUUGUUGAGGCCGACUUGUCCAUUUUCAACUCGUCGUCCAUCCAGGCCAUCAACUUUUCCGGCUUGGAAAAUGUCACUGGUUCUUUGGACUUCACUGCUUUGACUCAGUUGAACAACAUCGAUUUCUCCAAGUUGACCUCUGCUGAGGAGUUGUCGUUUGUGUCGUUGCCAUCUUUGGCCCAACUCAACUUGAACUCGGGCUUGGCCAACGUCUCCUCGCUCACCUUGUCUGACACUGCCUUGUCGUCCAUUGACUCCCUCUUGAACUUCAAGACCAUUGGAGUGUUGAACGUCAACAACAACAAGAACAUCUCGUCCAUUGACUUGUCCACCUUGAAGACCGUCACCGAGGGCUUGACCUUGUCAUUCAACAACGACAAUGCCACCAUCAAGUUGGAGAACUUGGUUUGGGCUGCCAACUUGACCAUCCAGGACGUUGGUGAGGUUUCCAUCUCGUCUUUGGAGGCUGUCAACGGCUCCUUCAUCUUGGGAUACAACGGUUUCGACUCCGUCGAGUUUGACUCGUUGAACACCGUGGGCUCUUCUUUCCAGGUCUUCGCCAACGACAACUUGGAGUCGUUAUCUUUGGCCAACUUGACUGAGAUUGAUGGUGAGUUCCGUGUUUUCAACAACUCUUUGUUGCAGGACAUUUCGCUUGACAACUUGGCCACCAUCAAGGGUGCAUUGGCCAUGUCUGGAGACUUUGGUAACUUCACCUUGCCAAAGUUGAAGGAGGUUGACGGUGACUUCUCCGUUUCUUCCACCUCUGAGGACUUCUCUUGUGAGGCUUUCAACGACUUGCACGAUGACAAGAAGAUCAAGGGUCACAACUACAACUGCUCUUCGCCAUCUUCGUCUGUCGUUUCUUCUGGCUCUGCCACUUCUUCUGGCUCGUCCAAGAGUACCGGAUCUGGAUCCGACUCCUCCUCCACGAGCUCUUCCUCGUCGUCUUCCUCAUCCUCCAAGACUGGAGGUGCCGGUUACUUGACUCCAGGCAUGUUGAUCUCCACUGUCAUUGGUGCAGCCUUUGCUUUGAUCAUGUAA